UUGGUGUGGAGCGUGAAGGCCACCUCAUUGCCCCAAUCCAAAACUUGGGGGCUUCUUCUUCUUGUGUUGUGAGGCCAAAACCAGUGGGGCCAGCUUCGUUGGCAUUGACAUUUCUAGAGCUCAACAAUAAUUUAACAUCUUUCUUCCUCCCACCCUCCCUUGUUUGCAGCCACCACAAGACAACCUCACCUCUCAUAUAACUCCCUCACACAUUAAUCUUUCUUCUCUUCUCCUCUCUCUCUCUCUCUCUCUCUAUCUCUCUCUUAACCCUCUUACACACACAUCACAUUACUACUGCUACUACUGCUACUGUCACCACCACUGCUACUACUUCUACAUGUCAUCAUCCAUGGAACAAGAAGAUAACACCCCAAAGCACACUAUCAUACCCACAUUCCUCAGAAAACCUUCAGACGACCAGGCCAACUCCGCCGUCUCCUCUCACAAAUCUUUGCAUGUUUUCCGCCACAGCAGGAGGCGGUGUAGGAAGGAACUCACUGCGAAAGAGCCUGCCAAGGAAGGUGAUGAAGAUGAGGAGAAGGAAAAAGAAGAAGAUGAAGAUGGUGGUGACGUUGAUGACAGAGAAGAGAUAGAGAGGAAGAUUCAUGCAUUGCAGAGGAUUGUGCCUGGUGGGGAGUCAUUAGGGGUGGACAAACUCUUUGAUGAAACUGCUGGCUAUAUUCUGGCCUUGCAGUACCAAGUCAAAGCCUUGAGGGCUCUCACUGGUUUCUUUGAGAAGUUGGAGAAGGAGAAGACAAAGUUUGGAGGUUGAUAUCAUCGUCAAAAUGAAUGAAUGAAUCAAUAAUCCAUGGUGAUGAAGCUGCUGCAUGAUGGAUUAUGGAAGCAGCAGCCUAGGUUAGGAUCUUUUGGUUUUUCCCACAGACCCUUUAGUUAGAUAUUUUUUUCUUUUUCUUUUUACUUUUAAUUUUUCUGUUCUUGGCUGUACUUUUGGAGGUUGGGAUCAAGGAAAAUGUCUCCCAUGUUCUUAGA